AUGUCCUCCGCCGAGGGCUCGCUCCCCUACGCUCCCACGACGACGGCGACGAAGAUGCGGACCACGAUCCUGAGCAUGCCCUCCCCCAAGUCCUCGCCCCCCGUCUCACCCCUCACCCUGCCGGGCGCGCACUUCGACUGCUACAGCAGCCUCAAGUCCCCGCCGCUGGACCCGAUCCUCGAGAACGUCAAGGCCGACUACACCCACCCGCCCGCCAGCCGGUCGCGCGUGGGCUCCGUGAGCAGCAUCUCGUUCAACCUGAAGGGCGGCGCUGGGGGCGGCCCGACGGCGGCGGGCCCGGGCGCGGACGGGUUGAUGAAGAAGAAGAAGAAGCCGGCACCGCGGACGUGGGGGGAGAGGAGUCCGCCGCCCUCGCCCCGCUUUCAACACCAUGUCUCCUUCGAUAACUUCGCGGGCGGGGAGCCGACGGCCAAAAACAGCAUCUCCUUCACCCUGAACGUCAAACAUACCGGGUACCAGCGUAAGCGGCGCUCGCGGACCUUCAUGGUAGGCGUGGAUGAGAAUGACUAUUCGGACAUCGCGCUCAGCUGGAUGCUGGAGGAGCUCGUGGAUGACGGAGACGAGGUGAUCUGCUUGCGGGUGGUCGAUAAGGAUGCGAAGGUGGUGAGCGAUCGUAACGUCGAUCGCAAGACGUAUCAGGAGGAGGCGAAGAGGUUGAUGGAGAGGAUCCAGAGCAGGAAUGACGAGCACAGGGCCAUCAGCAUUGUGUUGGAGUAUUCGGUCGGCAAGGUGCAUUCGGUGUUCCAGAAGAUGAUCCAGCUCUACGAACCCGCAAUGCUCAUCGUCGGCACCCGCGGCCGCAGUCUGGGGGGCUUCCAAGGCUUGAUGAACAUGUCGAACUCCUUCUCCAAGUGGUGUCUCCAAUACUCACCCAUCCCGGUCGUCGUCGUCCGACCUACGGAGAAGCGAACCAAGAAGAAGAAGAAGCGAGAUGCGGAUCCGUCGCGACAAGACUACGCCCGCAUACUCAGAGAAUCCGGCCUCGCGAUGCACGAAAUCGAAUCCGGCUCCGGCACCCCCGAGAUCGAGUUUACGAACACCCCAGACGUUGAAGCCCACGCGGUUGCUGCUGCGUUAGGCCUGCCGGCACAGUUCGACCCGACGCUGAAACCGCUUAUCUUCGAGGGGAACAGUGGUAGUCGUAAUCACCGGAAGACAGAUUCGACAGCUAGCGAUGGCACAAGCGUCUUCAAAAGCACUGCUGUCACCGACUCGCGGCCUUCGAGUCCCGGCAUGGUCAUCAAGAAUCCCAAAGUACGCCGCGAAUCUGCCGAUUCGAGAGAUAGUAAUUCGCUUAGUGGGGACGAGGAGAGCAGCGAUGAGGAGGAGGGGGAAUUCGAGGUGGUGAGUGGGCACGAUCUGCUGGAUAAUGGAGAGCGGCAGAUGAAGUUGCAUGAGAUGGAGGUUGGAGAAGCGGCUGCGCUCGCGGCGGGCAGGAAAGUGAGUGUCGGAAGUGCGGACAGUGAUGGCAGUGUUACCCUACCUAUCAGGCUGGAAGAUGAGAGUCCACCAGCUGUUGAUACCGAGGAUGAGAUGGAGAAGGCUGUGGUCAAGCUACAUGACCGGCUGGAGGGAGAUGUCGUUGAAGCAGGAGAUGAGAAGCAGCCGGAGACGACGGGCACGGUCAAGCUGGAGAAGAAAACGCAGACGCAGACUGCGGUGGGACUGCAAGACGAGAAGGAAGCGAUGAAGCAUGCGGAUACCGUGUAA